AUGAAGAAGCAGUACCGAGACAGCUCUCCAGUGCAGCGCCUUGGCCUGUCCGAACUACGUGACACACUGCGCACACAGUUGAAGUCUCUGCGGCGAGCUGAGAACACGAGGAGAAAAGCGAGGGAGCGAACAAGAAAGAGAGCUGCGUUCACAGCCAACCCAUACAAAUUUGCAAAGACUCUGCUUGACAAAGAGCAUGUCAACAGAGAAGACGCCAUAGGGGACUGUGUCCGGAUAGAUCUUGCCUUACCUCCAGAGACGCCACUGGUAACCACUGAACCCACUUUGGGAGAGGUGAAGGACGUCGUCAAGAAGGCUCGAUGGGGCUCUACUCCUGGUCCUAACGUCAUCCCGUACAAAGUGUACAAGAUGUGCCCACUCCUACUGAAGAGGCUAUGGAAACUCCUCAAGGUGGUUUGGAGGAAAGCGGAAGUACCAGAAGCCUGGAAGGAAGCAGAGGGAAUAUUCACACCCAAGGAAAGGAACUCCAAGACAGUCAAUCAGUUCCGGACCAUCUCGCUACUAAAUGUCGAGGGGAAGAUAUUCUUCGCUAUCCUGGCCAGAAGACUUACCUCUUUCCUGACGACCAACGCGUACAUCGACACUUCAGUCCAGAAGGGUGGAGUACCUGGUUUCUCCGGUUGUGUAGAGCACACCAGUGCUAUCACCCAACUAAUCCAAGAGGCGAAGACGGGGAAGAAAGACUUGACAGUAGUUUGGCUCAAUCUUGCCAACGCAUAUGGAUCUAUUCCCCAUCAGCUGAUCUACACAGCCCUCCAGCACUACCACGUCGACAACCAUGUCCAGAAAAUCAUCACCAGCUACCUUGACGGCAUCAAGCUUCGGUUUUCUGUUGGUGACCAGCUGACGAAGUGGCAGAAGUUGGAGAAAGGUAUAGUCACCGGAUGUACUGUUUCUGUGCCUAGUAGACAAGGACAACGUCAAGAAGCUAGAGAACCAGGUAGAAGACGGGCUGAAGAAGAUAGACCGGAGCAACCUACCUGGGAAGUUCAAGGCCUGGUUGUACCAGCAUGCCUUACUACCAAGGCUGAUCUGGCCAAUGAUGCUGUACGAGGUACCCAGCUCAACAAUAGAAGCCUUAGAGAGAAUCACCAGCCGACAUCUUGCAAGUGGCUUGGAAUCCCACCCAGUUUCUCCAGUGUUGGACUGUAUGGGAAAACCAACAAACUGCAACUCCCACUAUCUUCACUGGUAGAAGAAUUCAAGACGGCGAAGACAAGACUGGUGCUUACCCUAAGAGACUCCCCAGAUGAGCAGAUCCGGGAAGCAGGGAUCGUUACCCGUACUGGAAGAAAGUGGUCAGCGACAGAGACUGUCAGCCAGGCGGAGAGCUCUCUCAUGCACAAGGACAUCGUUGGUGUAACGGCUGUCGGACGACAAGGUAUUGGUGCAACCAAAACACUCCUAUGGAGCCAAGCCAACCAGACUGAGAGGCGAGCCCUGAUACAGUCAGAAGUACGGAAGGAAGAGGAGAACAAGAGACAGGCCAGAGCGGUAGAGAUGGGUGCGCAGGGUGCAUGGACAACGUGGGAAACCAUGGAAAGGAAGCUGACCUGGGAAGACAUCUGGAAGUAUGAACCACUUCGUCUAUCCUUCCUCCUCAGGUCAGUUCAUGACCUCCUGCCAUCUCCAGCUAACCUAUGCCGAUGGGGACUAAUCACAGACCCAACAUGCAGUCUGUGCAAGAAACCAGGCACUCUGGAACAUGUUUUAUCUUCCUGCUCCACAGCACUGACGCAGGGCAGAUAUCGCUGGCGACACGACAACGUCCUCAGAGCGGUUGCCGAUUGGCUGGAAGGGGAGAAGAAGAAGCCACGCAGAAGUAACUCACAGGCAGGCCACAUCAACUUUGUGAGACCGGGUGAAACUGCGAAGACAGAAGCUUCACAGAAGAAAUCGAUCCUUGACGGCGCCACAGGAUGGAAUAUGUCAGUCGAUCUAGGAAAGAAGCUUGUGUUCCCGGGUAUCGUUCAGACCAACUUGAGACCAGACAUUGUACUGUGGUCCGAGACAGGGAAGAAGCUCGUUGUCAUCGAGUUGACAGUACCUUGGGAGACGAGAUGUGAAGAGGCCUAUGAGAGGAAGAAAGCCAAGUACACUGAACUACUUGAGCAGUGCCGACACCGAGGUUGGCGGACUUGGCUAUUCCCCAUCGAAGUAGGCGCUAGAGGGUUCUGUGCGCAAUCUGUAUGUAGAUUGAUGACAGCUGUUGGCACCACUGGCAGAGACAGGCGCCGGGCAAUCCAGAAGCUGAGCCAGGCUGCUGAGCGGGCGUCUAGCUGGCUGUGGCUACGACGCGAGGAGACAAGCUGGAUGCGAUCAACCUCCACACCGUAA